UGAUUGGCUGGUGCUGCACGGAGGAGGGAGGGAAGGCCGCUGAUUGGUCCAAUGGGAAGGAAACCCACGUGAUUGGCUUAGGGGUUUGUUGUUGGUCUUGGCCUUGCAGGAAGAAAGAUCGUCCUACUUUUGCUGCUUGCUGAUGUGAACUUGCCCGGCCAUGACAGGGUCGCCGCGCAAGAGCCAGCCGGGCCGUCAGCUGCGGUCAGGCACACUGCUUGGCGCCCAGGGAGAGGACCAGUGGCACCCGGCAACCUCCUUUAGUUUCCCUGAGUCCCCGUCGCCCAAGAGGCUCAGCAAGGCAGAAAAAAAGAAGUCACCCAAUAUUAGAAAACUGCGGAGACAGACCAUGAUGCCUACCAGACAAGCCACCACUGCCAUGCCGAUUGCCACCUUCGCCUCGCCUCCCCUCAGUCAGCGCAGGACACGCCGCCAGUCCAUGAUGCCCGUCAGGUUGCAGGUCAGCCCAGUCAGUGACAAGAGGAAGACUGCCAAGAUUCAGCCAGCCUCCCCAGACCCUGCCAAGACCAAGACCAAGCGGAAGCUGGAGCCGGCAGAGGAACCCCUGGCAAGCAAGAAGAGCCGUCUGAUCCCUGUCUCCAAGUCCACCUCACAAGUAAAGACAGCGCCUUCACCUACGCCUUCCAAAAAACACAAGUCUCUCAGCGCCCUGCCAGUGUCCCGCAGCUCACGCAAGGCAGCCAAGACAGCAGAGGCUCCAGUGCAAGCAAAGAAAUCCCCCGCCAGGAAGCGUGCCUUGUCUCCCUCACAUUUGGAGGACUCCUCGCCACCAAAAAGAAGGGCCGCCUCUCGUUCACGUAGCGAGUCUCAGUUUGUGAGGAGUAAGUCUCUUCCUCGUGGCCAGAAGAAGGCUGCCAAAGUACCUGAGAAGCCGGUGACAUCCUCGCCAAAGAAGGCAUCCAUCAGUUCAAAGGUUGUGUCUCCUGCUGCAAAGAAAACAGCCAUUCCCUCCAAGAAGAAAGCCUCAUCAUCUUCACUAAAAACCCCUCCAGCAUCUAGAAACACCCCCAAGAAGAAGUCCACAGCAUCACUAAAGACUGCAGCCUCCCCAGUCUCCAAGGUACAGAAGACUCCCAAGGCAGACUCCAAGACCAGGCUGCCAUCGCCCACAAAGACACCUUCAUCCAGCAACAAAAAGGCAUCAAAGAAAACACCAACACCAAACCAGGCCAAGACACCUCCCAGUCUGAAAAAGAGGGAAAAGAAGACAACCAAAACAUCUGCCACCAAAAUCGCCCUGACAAAGACACCAUCAGUAGUCUUAAAGAAGGUCAGAGUAUCGGUCACCGAGAUGCCACCGUCCAUCAUGAAGAAAGCAACUCCCAGGAACACGACUCCAGCCACUCCGUCCCCUCGCAGACCAAGGCUGACCCGCUCAGCAGCCAAGAGUCGCAUGGUGUCAUCAAAGAGCGCCAGACACGUGUCCCUGAAAUUGGAUGGGAAGAGUCCUCCCUCCUCUCUGGCCUCCUUCAGGAAAACACCUUCAUCUAAAAGAACUGCCACUGUUGUCCUCCCUGCUGAUCUUGGUGCCUCCCCUGCCCUGCCCUCAGCCCACGAACAGCUGCAGAGGAUAAGGGAUGCCAUCUCGGCCAAGCGCCAGCACAGCACACCACCACGCAAGCCCCUGCCGCCCUCCGCUGCCACACCAAGCCUGGAUAAGGUGGUCACUCAGGCUGACAUCCACGCCUCCGGGAAUGGCAAUUGUGGCUCAGAGGCAGCGCUGGACAACCUCUGCACACCCACGGCACGCCUCCCGCUGCCCACGACGCCCAAGUCCUCCAGGGGCAGUGGGGGUGGGGUCUCCAGGUUCAGUAGCAGGCUUGCCAGCAGCACAGCAGAGAGCCGGUUCCUGCUGCACACGAGCCUGGCCGCCCCACACAGCAGCACACCCAUCAAGGGCAGCCACACCCUGGAGGUCAUCGGUGCCCGGCCGUCACUCAAGGCCAGGAGGGGUGGUGAGGAGGAUGUGGAUGGAGGGAGGGCCGACACCAGUGUGGAGGAGGAGAGCAUGGGGGAGGAGGGUGGGGAAAGCAGCUUAGAUGAGUCUGUGGAGGAGGAGGAGGAGGAGGUGGAGGAGGAGGAGGAGGAGGAGGAGGAGGAGGGGGAGGGGGAUGACAACAGUGCAAAGACUGGAAGUACAAGCCAGAGUCGUAAGAGUUACUGUAGUCUUAUGUAGUAUUUAGUGACUUAUCCAGACAACUUCUGGUGUGAGGUAUUACUGAUCUGUUUAUCUUGCUUCAUACAAUAUAUUCAAGAUGUAAAAAUUUCAUAUUUAUUGAUAUGCAGAUAGGAAUAUUCUUAUACGGUUUAUACGGCAUGAAAUCUUGCUUAGCAAAAGGCAUGCUUUCUCAUAUUUUAAGAAAACAUUUUAAUAUUGUGUAGAGUAUUCCUCUUGCCUGAUGUGUUGAUAGAUAGGUACUGUAGUAUGGCAAGGCUGGUUUUCACCUUAUAUAGUUCAAAUAAGUGUUGUUAAGACUCGUACAUAUCUAACAUUGCCACUGUUGAUACAAAAUGUUUCCCUACAAGGGUACCUGAUACAUGUUUCCCUCUUUGCUUCCUUAUGGUGGAUAGUCUUGGUUUUAUAUAAGUUGAUUUUGUCACAUCCAUGUGUAAGUCUGUCUUAAUUAAAUAAGAUUCCUGCCGCUGGCCCAGCAGCUGGCUGUGUGUACCAGUACAAAAAAUGCAGAGAACAUUUUAGAUUACAGAAUGUUGUGUUUGC